UAAACGGUGAAAGCUUGGUAUUGAAUGGUCAAUACGCGAAGUCUCGACUUAAAUCUUCAAACUAAACAAGGCUCUGUACCGUCUUAGUCGGAUUCUACCGUACAUAGCAGAUUAUAGCUACUGUUACCCCCAGUCUAUCACGUGUUUCAAGAGUCAUAUUGAUAUUUUCGUCAGGAUGUGAUAGUUUAACUUAGUUCACCAAUCAGAACAUAACUUUUUUUUUCAAUAUAAGAAAUGAAAAGAUUAGAUUUCUCAUAAAUAUGAAUUAACGAUGCGAGAAGAAUGAUUUGAAAGAUAAUAUGGGAAGUUUAUGUUCAAAUCAUAUCUAUUUAAGGAAAAUCAAAGCAUGACAACAUUUAACGGUGAAAAAUGAUCUGAUGGAGAAACGAACGACAGGUAACGCUUAAGACUGUCAACUUCCGAACAGACUUUUCAUUGUCGUUUUAUAUUCCGAAACAAAACUUGUCGUUCACUUUGAUGGGGAUUUAAUUUCGAAUAGAACUAUUUUAUUAUGAUUUUACAGUGUUCAAUGGCGUAAGAGAAAUAUAAUCGGACAUAAUUAUAUAAUUAUAAUGCCUGAGAAAAUAAUUAGGACUAGACCGUGGACUCAACAUCCAUUGUCUCCUGGAAAACUAUACAGACAGCAGCGAACAGAGAUUAAAACACCAGUUAUUAAUACAUAUGCAAAACAGUUACAACGAUGUAAUCGACUCUACGACAAAGUAUCAGAAGAAUUUGGGAAAACGAGGGAAAGAUUUCCAAAGAUUCAUGAUAACAAUGCUUUUUCAUACGAUUUUCAGCAAAGGCCAAUAUUCACAAAGUCAGCACCCGGAACAUUUUAUUAUUAUGAUCCAAAUGCGAUACAGAGACCAGAAUGGUCCUUGACAAAUCAGUUCAUAGAAAGGCGCCACCACACGGAAUAUAUGGAUUAUAGACAACAGCAUCAAGACUUUGCAGACGAUAGUCGUUCAAUUUCGGAAUAUAGUGAUCAUUUUGAUCUGAACCCAUUUCAGUUAAGUGACAUUUUACAUAGACGAGGUUUACGGAAGCCAGUUAUGGUGCGCUAUGACAAAAAUGGUGUUGAAAUACGAAAAUCCAAAAUAAAAAUACAUCCAAAUAACGGCGCUCUUCCAAAAAACCCAUCUGCCAGAGAAAAAAUUAAAGGAAGGGCAAGACUUGAUUACGAAAUGGCAAACAUGAGAGCUGUUGCAUUUUGUGAAAGGCAAGCUCAACGGAAAUUCCGAACGGCUUCAGCCAUUACUAGAAACAGAGAUGUAGAGCUUGUCGAGGAAGAUUUUUUAGAACGAAUAAACAAUGAAAACAAUAAUAAUGAUAAUGACGAUACGGGCAGUGUCAUUAUGUCUAUGAAUAAGGAUGAACUAUUUGAAAGGAUUGAUAAAUGGAUCGAUGAUGUAAACGAGGCUUUUGGUCAGUCUUCUAAUUCAACACCAAAGGUUGAUUUUCAAGACAAAACAUGACAAAAACAAAAUUUCAGACUUCCUCGCAUAUUACGAUCUCUUCUAAAUACUGAUUUCUAAUCUGUUAAUUAUGUCGAAUGUUUGAAAAUUAUCUGAAACAUCCAAAUAUUGAAUAUUUUCAACCAAGCUGUUAGUUUUCCCUUUUGAAUUAUUUCACUGUUGUUAUUUAGGAACGUUUACCAUACUGUAUAUGUUUUGCUGAUGAUUGAAGGUCGUACGGUAGUGUGUAGAUGUUUACAUCCCCAGUCUUUGUUCUAUGAUUGGUACUUAUCUAUUUAAUAAAUCAUAUCACAACUUCUUAUCAAAAUAAAGCAACUUUUGAUGCAGCUUAUUAAUAAAUAUAUUUUAAAGUAGUCAUCCUUAAGCGACCUUCAGGUACAUUGCCUAUAUAUCUUUUGCUGACUUUGAAUAAUUGAUUAUAUUUUGGUCUUUUCAUACCUAUUUAUAUAAACAUGGCUGUUUAUCAUUUAUCACUUUUUGGCAGGAUAAUAGCUAUGAUAUUUGCCAAAAAUACCGAACGACAAGGAAAAUUCAAAACGGAAAACCCUUUAUCAAAUGUCAAAAGCAAAAGCUUAAUAAAAAUAUAUUAUAAAAUCAUUUCAGUUUGUCUCAACCUAUCAAUGUUCUCAGUAAUUUGAACAUCACAAAAUACAUAUCCUCAUUUCAUAAAAUGUUUUUUUCAUCAACUGUAAGGCUUAUAUUAAUGUUUAAGUAAGUUUAUAGUAUGGCACCGUGAUAUUCGUUAAAUCAGAUCAUUUUCAAAAGAAAUGCUGUACCAGAAUAGGUCUCACGUUUUUGUGCUGUUUGUAAUAAAAUAAAGAGAUACGAGAUUUG